GAACCCUAGCUUCCCCUUCGCCGACGCCGCCGCCUCCUCGAGAGAGAGAGAGAGAUUGAGAGAGAGCUCCGCGGGAGAGCGCGUCGAAGAUGGUGCAGCGGCUGACCUACCGGAAGCGGCACAGCUACGCCACGAAAUCCAACCAGACCCGCGUCGUCAAGACCCCCGGUGGGAGGCUUGUGUACCAGUACACCAAGAAGCGGGCGAGCGGGCCGAAAUGCCCAGUCACCGGGAAGAAGAUCCAAGGAAUUCCACACCUGAGACCUGCUGAGUACAAGAGGUCCAGAUUGUCAAGGAAUCGCAGGACCGUGAACCGUCCUUACGGUGGUGUCCUGUCUGGUACUGCAGUCAGAGAGAGGAUCAUCCGGGCUUUUUUGGUCGAGGAGCAGAAGAUUGUGAAGAAGGUGUUGAAGAUCCAGAAGACCAAGGACAAGUCAGCUAAAUGAUUGCAAGAUAGAGACAUUGCCGCGAUGUUUAAGCUUCUCCAAAUUUGUUUUUAAGCAAUCAAGAGAAUUUUUCUUCUGGAUUUGGGGGAAAUCCCGUUUCCUAGUGCUGCUAGUAUGUGAGAUCAAAUCGACAUGAUUGUUUAAAUUUUGAGCGCUAGUUCUCUAGAGUACUACUACAACCUUGUGUGGAUCCUUUGAUGCAAGUUUUGAAACUCCCAAGUCCCAAGUUUGCGCAAAUGUUGUUUUGGCAGAAACUCCGUGUUGAUGCUUUAUCUUACUAGGUUCCUGCGAUUAGCAUGAA